GUCUGGAGCACGCUGCUUUACGUUCAGCAAUUACUCCAGGGUCCUCCACCUCACUUCCUCCACGCAGCCACGUUCCCCCCUUGUAGACUUAGCCCCAACCGACAAAACUUCGCGUGUGCUCAAGUGUCUCGGGAACUGUUGAACCAAGCACUUCGACCACAGUAGCCUCUUUCGAACUUACCACUCAUAGAACAUGGCUUCAUCGUCACAGGCGGCGACGCAACCCAUCAAUGUCAAGCUCCUCUUGAUUGGAAACUCUUCCGUAGGGAAGAGCAGCUUGCUCCUCAGGUUUUCUGACGAGCAGUGGGUGCCAGAGGACGAGGCAAGCGCAACCAUUGGUGUAGACUUCCGGCACAAAGCAUCUCUACAACAUGUCGAAAUGUCGCUCCGUCUUGGAGCUCUAGUACACAAGAUGGAUAUCGACGGGAAGAAGGUCAAGCUUAGCAUAUGGGACACUGCUGGUCAAGAGCGUUUCCGGACUAUCACAUCCUCGUAUUAUCGUGGCGCGCACGGCGUCAUUCUCGUCUACGACGUCGCAAACCGCGAGUCCUUCGACGCUCUGCCGCGGUGGUACAACGAGCUCGAAACGUACGUCAACCCGAAGGUCGUGAAGAUGGUCGUGGGCAAUAAAGUCGACAAGGAAUACUCGCGCCAAGUGACUUAUUCCGAAGGCCAACACUUUGCGACGCGCAUGAACUCGCUGUUCUUCGAGGCGUCAGCGAAGACGGCCGUCGGGGUUGCGGACGCCUUCAAGGAGGUCGUGCGCCGGAUCGUCGCGGAGCCCGAGCUCGUUGGUGGCGGCAAGCCGAAGGCGGCCAAAGCCGCUUCCGCCAAGGCUGCUGGCGCUGCCUCUGGGACGAAGAACCAGACAAGGAGCAGUAUGGAAAUGCCCGGGACCAUCACGCUGGACGGGGCAGAGGAGGACACAAACGAGGGAGGUUGCGCGUGUUAGCAGAGCGUCUUGUGCGUGGAUUUGCUGGAUGUUCAUUCAUGCCUCAUUCCACUAAACGUAGACCUAGCAGAUGUUGUGUUACGACUCUCAUGACUUCCGAUACGAUCCUUGACGAUACCCUACCCUAUAUCUGCUCAUGUUCGCACGUCUUCGUAGAGUCGCCCCAAGCUU